AUUUGUGGAACAGUGACAACGGACUUUGAGCACGGAAGGCAUACAACUGAUUUGCCCGUGGCUGAUCAGGUGGCCAUGGCCAUACAUUCACCUGGAAUAAAUGUGAUGCAGGUGAUUUGGCCAGACUUGCUGGCUGUCAUCAAUCUACAGUCUCGGAUGAACACUACAACAGAGCUAUCCGGUCCGCUCGCGUUCUUGUGGAGUAGGUGUUAUCCAGCGAAGCCAGCUCGAAUAAUAGUGGCAUGUUGCGUGCUUCGAAAUAUAGCAAUAAGUCGAAAAGAACAGUCAAUUUCGACGACUACAGCGACUGAAUAUAUCAGCCAGUAUUCAUGUCAUGCUAAUGAGUGUAGGAAUGACUUCUUUCUCCCUAUGGAACAUCCUGGUGACGUUAAAGCGAUCCCAGACGGAAUAAAUGGUGGAACAGAAACGGCAGCUGUGAAAUCAUGGUUUGCGGCAGAUGAUAAUUUAAUAGAAAUGGAGUCAACUGGAGCUCUAGAGGAAAGAGGCAUCCUUGAGUUACUGGCCAUCUGUCGCCUGUUCGCUGCUGUCCGUGACGUCCUAUCUCACAUUUAUGGACCAAAGGCAUGUGUGAAGGAGACCAUGAAAUUUGCCUUAAUUGAUCGAUUCAAUAAAUUGAGGGCCAAAUGUGGGAAAAGGUGGAUUGCUCUUGGCUGUGAGGAGAUCUAUGAUUGA